AUGUCCUUAGACGUGAAUCUCAGUGAACCGGACGAGUUCAACUGCGUCGAGCUGCAUAGUUGCAUUGACAAUGUGGCGCGAAUGAAGAACAUUGAUGACUUCGCAUACCACGUGGAGUUCGCUUGCGGCAAAAGUGAAAACUUCGUUGCGAAUGUGUUCAGGGUCACGAUUACUGAUGCCAACGACAGUGAACACAAAGUGAGCGUGAUAGUCAAGACUCUAGUGAAUACUACGCGACAGGAGUUGUUCCAAGAGCUGCAUAAAAGGGAAGUGAGAGCAUACGCGGACGUAAUACCGAAGUUCCAAAGUGUACAAAUGAAGUUGGCGGCAGAGGACAGAUUGGCGCUUCCGGUAUGCAUUUUAUCUUAUACGCAAAAAGGCAAUGAAGUGUUGAUAUUGGAGGACUUACUGUUAGACGGUUACGAGUACGAUACCAAAUUGUUCAAGCUCAAAAAUAUGGAUAGCAGACAAGUGGGCACAAUAUUAUCCGAAUUGGCAAAAUUUCACGCUUUGUCCGUUGUUCUCGAAAGGGCCGACGAGGAAAAUUUCUCAACAUUGAAGGAUGAAUUCGAAGACGUUCUCUUUCAAGAGUCAUUCCUCAACAAAAGCAAACUUAGAGACUGUUAUUCUGAAUCCUACGAAGCGUCGGUUAAUUUGGUAAUUGAUUUGGACGCGAAGAAUAAAUUGCUGAACGCAAGAACAAAAAUGUUAGACCUUUUAAGGAAUUUCACCCGCCCACGAAAAUUUAAUGUUCUCUGCCACGGAGAUUGCUGGGUAAACAAUUUCAUGUUCAAACGAAGGGGGAACUUAAUGGACACUAAAAUAUGCUUUUUGGACUUUCAAGCAAUGCGUUACUCAAGUCCGGCUACUGACAUUAUUUAUUUUUUAUAUCUAUGUACCGAUUCCGUGUUCAGAUCAAAGUACAUGGAAGAUGUUUUACACGUUUACUACGACAGUUUCGAGUCAUUUCUGAAAUUAUUCGAAAUAGAUUCAAACACAAUCUAUUCCAGGGAUUUAUUCCUGGAUGAUAUCAAAGAAAUCAUGCCGUUUGGAUUUUUAAUUGCCCUGGUUGAGUUAAGAAUAGUCACCGCAACUAAUGAAGAUAAAAACAUCGAUGAAACAUCGUUAGAUUCUGAAUCAAGCUCUUGCGCAUUAGACGAUAAAAUGUUUCUAGGAAUUAGAGUGAACGAUGCUGUCAGUGAAUCAAUAGAAAACGGUGUCUUAAACAGGAUAUGUGAUCUAUUA